CUUGGACUCUCGCCUUCGGAGGGAGACGCGUCCGCAAGGUCUCUGGCUGCAGAUUCGUGGACCCUCUUCAUGAGCGCCUGUGGUAGCCGUAGAUUGCCUUGGAUGGUGACCUGCGUCUGACAGUCCCAUGAGCUCUUCUCAGCUCUCCUGAGGCCGCAGCUGUCAGCUCCCCUGACCCUCAGCACUUACCUGGAACACCUGGGGUUUGCCACGCCCCUUUCUGUCCAUUUGUGUCCUGAGUGUCACUUCUGACCACCCUCCCCUCCUGUGCCAUCUCUUCUUCCCUUCUCCCCUUCUUUCUAGUAGUUGGUGCAGCAGCUUCCCUUCUACUCCCAGCAUGCCUCGUGGCCGGCGCCGGCGGCAGGGUCCUCGUAAUCCCAUCCGGGCUGCAGCCAAUUAUGCCAACGCACACCCUUGGCAAGAGAUCGACUGGGCCUCUCCCGGGGCUGCAUAUGCUCCCCUAGUGGAUCCCUGGAUUGAGCAGCCCUGCUGUGGGGACCCUGUGUGCGUGCGCACGACCAUGGAGCAGAAGAGCACAGUGAGCAGUGAGGCCACAGAAAAGGGUCCGCCUGCUGUGCGCAUGCCCGGCCCACGACCCCUCAGGGUGGACUUCCACUGGGUGCCCGGCUCAGACCCAGGCACCUUUGAUGGCUCUCCAUGGCUGCUGGACCGCUUUUUGGCCCAGCUGGGCGAUUACAUGUCUUUCCGUUUUGAACACUACCAGGACAACCUCAGCCGCGUCUGCGAGAUCCUCGGGCGCCUGACAGGCCGAGCCCGGGCAUGGGCAGCCCCCUACCUUGAUGGGGACCUACCCCUGCCUGAUGAUUAUGAACUCUUUUGUCAGGAUCUAGAGGAGGUUAUUCAAGACCCGAACAAUUUUGCUGAGUAUCAUGCUGCAGUGCCCUGCCCCUUACCCCCAGCCUCAAGCCAGCCACCAGUGGCCCCACAGUUACCUGUGGUGAGGCAGUACUUAGCUAGGUUCUCGGAGGCCCUGGCACUCAACAUGGGUGCUACCUCCAGGUCUGUCCCAGCCACUGUGGCCACCCCUGCUGUUUCUGGUUCUGACUCGACAUUAAAAAAUGCUCUACCUGAGCAGCAGAUGGCCAAGAAGAGCAGCCCUGGGCCCACUGAGCCCCCUGCCUUGUCCAGUUCUGCGUGCAGCACUAAUCUUGAUCUGGUGGGGCCAGCCUCCUCCCAGCCAAGGGAGGUGACCCCCAAACCUGUCCUUGUACUUUCAGAAUCUGGUGAUUCCCCUGCCCAGAAACCAGAUCCAGCUCACCCAAGGGGUCCAGAACCCCAGAAGACAGAGGAGGUUUCUGAGGCAGAGGGAGACCAGGAGGUAUCUUUAGGUGGCCCACAGGGAGUGGUGGACAUCCCAGAGACCCCAGGAGAGCCACCAUUUUCUCCUGCUCUUCACCCUGCAACCCUGGAUUCUGAACAGGGCCCAGGCAGGUGUAGCAGUGCCCCUCGUGAUGAAGUGGCCUCUGUAGUCAAGGAACCCCAUAGUCCCCCGUCAGGAGCGAAUGGCAUUGCCAGAUGACUAGACAGUGCUACCACCUGUUGCCCUGUCCACUUGCCCCGUUGCUGGUUAGGAGGUGCAUUUAUUUGGACUCUGCCUUAUCUGAGCACAAACAAUCCCCUUCGUCCUCCCCUUCCCUCACCACAGUAGACUGUUAGCCUCUGCCCUGUGCUCCUCAUUCUGACUUCCCUGGUGGCCCAGAGGCUGUUUCCUGCUGGGCUCUGCAGUAUCCUCACAUCUGCCCUGGGAGUGCCAUCUUACCCGGGCUUGUUCUCAUUGGUUGAACAGAGUUCUGUACAUCAGUCCCCAUCAGGUAUUUGCACUGUCUUUGUAAAUCGUACACUCCCACCCACACAGAACCCCCUUUCAGUUCUGGCUGAAACUGGACUGGGUCUGCCA